AUGGGAAGCAACGUUUUUGUUGGUGUGAAACUUCCAGGUAAUUCCAGCGGUGAAUUUGGCGAAAGGUAUGCAACCGAUCCAUCAAGAGUUAGUAAGCUACCGAGCAACUACGACUACGUAUUACUCCCAAUUACGAACGCAAGAUACAGAGAAAAUGUGAGGAGCCAGUUUGAAAACUUCCAGCAACAACGAAGGGCGGUCUCUGAAUGCGUUUUGAAGAUCAAGGAACCGCAACUACAGGAGCUCUGCAUCCCCCCCUUCAAUCCUGGCAGGAAGAAUGAUGGACCAGCAUUUAUUGGCCUUCUUUCGUCCUGGCUGGAGCUCGAGAACGCAGAUAACUCAGUCAGGGAGCUUUGCUAUCAAGUUUUGCUCAAUGAAUGCAGGUACGCAAGAUUUGUAGGCAUUGACAAACUUAUAGUGGCACCACCCCGGAAGCUUUCCGAACUGCAUAGAUACUCCCAGGUGAUUUCAAGGCUCUUGAAUGAUGAGACCGUGAGUGCUUAUCCUCGAUUGACCCUUUCUGUAUCUCUACCAUUGUAUGAGGAUAGCGAUCCAUUGGCCACUUGGGAACUUUGGCAUACUGUACGCAAACUGUGCAGUUAUCAUCCUUCAUUAACCAUCUCAUUGGCGGUCCCUCGAAUAAGGACUCCAUCCCAUGUACUAAACAGGUGGCUGUCCGAACCAGUCUCCUGUUUGUUGCUCUCGUCUUCCAUAUUUGCUACAAAUCAAUAUGGCUAUCCAGUUCUACACAAGUUUAACCAGAGCUUGAUAACAAAGUUUCAAGGCGUCAAUGGAAAUUCGCUGCCGGAUGCGAAUGGCGAACUUUGUAUUAUCAUACAUGGUAUGGAAAAGUAUGUCGACCAAAUAAAAGGCGGAGAGGGAUCAUACCUGGAAUAUAUCAAUUUCUUACUGAAGAAAGGCGACAAGCAACUUUUCUCAUCGCAUGAAGAUUUGUCUAAUGGAUCGAUUAACCAGGUUGGUCACAAAACAGCACAUCAGGACAAUAGUAAUAGUCAUAAUAUCAACACUAAUCAUAAUCCAAUUAAUAGUAAUGGACCGGUGAGUCCAAAUUUCCGCACACCAAGAUUGAUGAAGCCGCUGAAACCGCACUCUGAGACAUUGUCAAACUACGUUUACUCCAUAUUCGAGAAGGAUCUCGCAAAAUACAACAUGUACCAAGCAGCUAUCGAACAGGCUUUGACUGCCCUUCUUUCGGAACAUAGAACCAGUCCUCUGACCAUUCUUAUCGCAGGUGCAGGAAGGGGACCCCUGGUAGAUAGGACUGUGCUUCUGUUAAAGAAGUUCAAUGUCUUAAAUCAGGCUAAAGUAAUCGCACUGGAAAAAAAUCCUCAAGCUGGCUUAUAUCUACAGAAGCGCAAUUUUGAUCUCUGGCAUAAUAAAGUAGAAAUAGUAAUAGAGGAUAUGAGGCAAUGGAGGGAUAAAUCAGUUAAAGCAGAUCUCUGUAUUAGUGAACUGUUAGGCUCCUUUGGGUGCAACGAACUCUCUCCUGAGUGCCUGUUUGCAAUUGAACAACAUCAUUCGAAACCGGACACCAUAUUCAUCCCACAAUCCUAUACAUCCUAUAUCGCACCCAUAGCAUGCCCUUUGAUUUAUCAAAAUCUAAGAGAAAAGGAGGGGAGUCAAGAAUCUCCCUGGGUCAUGCACAAUAUUCCUUAUUGUAUUUUAUCCUCUAGGAUUAACGAGUUAUGGUCAUUUCAUCAUCCCCUGAGGAAGAGAGAUUCUGAAGACGACCUCUUCUCAAGGAACGCUGUGACGGAGUUCAAGAUAAAGCAUAGAGGAGAGAUCCAUGGUAUUUUAGGGUUCUUCACUGCCCAGUUAUACAAUGAUAUUACUCUGUCAACGGUUCCUGACGAUUCGAUAGUCAAAGUGUCGAAAGCUCGGGAUGGUGCUAUUGGUACACAUUUGCAGAAGGAAGUGCGCAGUCCCCAAGAGGACAGUGGUGUCGACUCUGAUGAAUUGAAGGAUCAGUUCAGGAAGCUGGAUCACACGCCUAAUAUGCAUUCUUGGUCCCCGCUUGUGUUUCCUUUGAAUCAACCAUUCGUGGUGACGGAUGAUACCGAACUGGCUGUGUUUCUCUCCAGAAAUCAUGCACAACUGGACAGUGCAACUUGGUAUGAAUGGUCCGUCGAGAGCUAUGUUUAUCUAGUAUCGUCAGAUACAUCUUUGUCGAGGACAACUCCUAGACAGACGGUCGAUCCAAGAAAUCAUUCAUCCAGAAAUCGCGAAAAUGCACCAGCCAGGAAUAGCAGGACCUCCAAAAAAAACGAAACCCUGGCUUUUGAUAACUCCAUAUCGGAUAAUAAUUUCUCGCCAAACCAAGAAAAUGUAUGGCAGAGCGUCAGUGAUAUACAUGGUUUGACCAGCGCCGUGCACAAAACCACAGAGCCGAUGUUCAACCUCAAAGACGCCUACUUAGAAUGCACAGAAGACGAGGACGAAGAGGAGGAGGAAGUUCACAUACGGGUCAAAACUGGUGUCUCAACUCUUCAUAAUGCCAAUGGAAAAUUCUUCUCAGUCGCUCUAUAA